AUGGACUCAAAUAAAAAGCCUCUCUUAUUUAUCAAUCUUGAACUGCACAAUUUCCCGACGGAACACCUCAGAACCCUUAUCAAUUCAGGAGCCACAUUGAACUUUAUCUCCCCCUCAAUUGUGGAAAAAUAUAAAAUCCCAAAAACCCAACUCAAAAAUCCACGAGUUGUGAGAAUGUUAGAUGGUACUAUAUCCCAGACUGGUUGCAUUUGGCACCAGGUUCAACUCGCGGUCUUGGCCAAUGGCCAUUCACACCACAUCCCUUUCCUUGUUUGCCCCAUAGGCAACACCCCGGCUAUCCUAGGCAUGACAUGGCUCACUUUGGAAUCCCCUUUGAUUGACUGGCAACAGGGACAUGUUACGUUCCCUGAACAGGCCCAGAUAGCAUCCAAAGAAGAGGCAGACACCAACCCAUUGGCGGACCUUCCAGAACAAUACCACAAAUUUGCUAAAGUCUUUGGCAAAGAAGAGUUCAAGGUCCUUCCUCCACAUAGGGAAUACGACAUCUCUAUUGACCUUGUCCCUGAUGCCAAGCUCUCCCCUGGUCCAAUUUAUGGCAUGACAGACGCCGAGUCCAAGGCCCUCAAGCAGCAUAUCAAGGAAGAACUAGCCACGGGCAAAAUUUGCCCCAGUACCUCCUCAGCAGGCGCCCCUGUUAUGUUUGUAAAAAAAGCGGAUGGUUCCCUGAGAUUGGUGGUUGACUACAGGAAGCUUAACAACGUCACCCACAAAAACGUCUACCCACUUCCCAGACAGGAUGACCUCAUGGCUAAGCUGCAAAACGCCAAACUAUUCACAAAGUUAGAUCUCCGCUGGGGGUACAAUAAUGUGCGCAUCAAAGAAGGCGACGAAUGGAAAACGGCCUUCAGAACCAAAUAUGGCCUUUUCAAGUACUUAGUCAUGCCUUUUGGCCUUACCAAUGCCCCUGCAGCAUUCCAGCACUUCAUGAACAACCUGUUCAGGGAUCUAAUUGAUGUGACAGUAGUAAUCUAUUUGGACAAUAUCCUUAUCUUCUCAGAGAACCCAGAAGAUCACCCAAACCAUGUCAGAGAAGUGCUAUUGCGACUAAUGAAGAACCAGCUGUUUUGCAAGUUGUCAAAGUGCCAUUUCCACGUUACUACGGUCGACUACCUAGGCAUUGUUAUCUCCACCUCCGGAUUCUCAAUGGACCAGAAGAAAAUAGAAGCCGUCACAACAUGGCCCACUCCCAAAACGGUCAAACAGGUCCAGGCCUUCCUAGGAUUUACCAACUACCUCCGCCGAUUCAUUCCCAAUUUUAGCUCCGUUGCACGCCCCCUGCAUAAUCUCACAAAAAAGGAAACCCCUUGGUCAUGGGGUAACCUGGAGGAAGCUGCCUUCCAGGAGCUAAAGUCCCUUGUCACCCAGUCACCCGUCCUAAUCCAUUCCAACCCCAGCCUUCCCUACUACCUAGAAACGGACGCAUCAGGGGUAGCCAUGGGAGCUAUCCUAAGCCAACGAGCAGAGGAUAACCGCCUUCACCCAGUUGCAUAUAUGUCCAAGUCCUUUUCCGGUGCUGAAGCCAACUAUGACACCCACAAUAAGGAGCUUCUAGCAAUCAUCAAAGCCCUGGAAGAAUGGCGUAUUUUCCUGGAAGCAACAGACAAGCCAAUCCAGGUCUUCACAGACCACAGGAACCUGGAAUAUUGGAUGCAGGCUAGGACUUUUAACCGGAGGCAUGCCAGAUGGCGCAUCUUCCUGAGUGACUUCAACUUUGAAAUCCACUACCAACCAGGUAAACAGUUGGGGAAACCAGAUGCAUUGUCCAGACGCUCAGACUAUAUUGAUUCACCUCAGGAGCCAGAAAUCAUGUUACCAUCAGAGGUCUUUGCCAACACGUCAGAAGCGGAACUUGAGAUUGUUACAGAAAUCCAAGAGAAACUGAAGGAUGAUCCAUCCCUAGAACCCAUCAUCCAAUUCCUGACAGAGGAUGCGGACAAUGCACCUCCAUCCAUUUGA